UAUUUUUAGCAGCCAAUGAAAACAGUUUAUUUUUCGCCGAGGUUCUUUAAUCCUCAUCCUGAAACUGUAGCACUACCACACUCACUCUCCCCGUUCCGAUUUCACCUUCACCGCCAAACUACCAUACCCUUCCACUCUCUGUAACAUUUCUCCCAACGCAUGUUUGUCUAACCCUCUCAAUGGCACUUUCUCCACUUCACUGUCACCCUCACCCUCACCCUUUCCCUCGCACCCUAACCCUACACCCCCUUUCUACACCAACACCCCCCCUCUCUUUCUCUUCCUUUUCCAACUUCAAAUUUCCUACUCUUUGCACCACCCCUUCCUCCACUACACACCACCCCCUCCCUCCCACUCAAACCUCUUCCUUCGAUUCCAUCAAAACCCUUCUCAAACAAAUCAAAUCUUCAGGUUCCACCCCUACCGCCAACACCUUCGUUACUCUCAUCAAAACCUUUACCGAUUUUCAUAAUAUUGAGCACGUUAUUCAUUUCAUGGAUAAUGAUGAAUUAGGGUUUAAUAAACCUGAUACUAAAUUUUACAAUCUCGCUUUGAAUGCUCUUGUUGACGAUAAUAAGCUUAAAUUUGUUGAAUUGCUUCAUUCCAAGAUGGUUUCUGAUGGUGUUCCUCUUGAUGUUUCAACUUUCAAUGUUUUGAUUAAGGCUUUGUGUAAAGCGCAUCAAUUAAGGCAUGCUAUUUUGAUGCUUGAGGAUAUGGUCAAUCAUCAUGGGUUGAAACCUGAUGAGAAAACGUUCACAACGUUGAUGCAGGGUUUUAUUGAAGAGGGUGAUUUCGAUGGUGCUUUGAGGGUGAGAAAACAAAUGGUUGACUUUGGUUGUUUUUUGACAAUUGUUUCUGUCAAUGUUUUGGUGAAUGGUUUUUGCAAAGACGGUCGUGUUGAGGAAGCGCUUAGAUUCGUUCGUGAGGUUUCCGAGGACGGCUUUUGUCCUGAUAAGGUUACUUUUAACUCUUUGGUCAAUGGCUUUUGUAGAAUUGGAUAUAUUACACAUGCUUUCGAAAUUGUUGAUUUUAUGAUUGAGAAAGGGUUUGAUCCUGAUGUUUAUACUUAUAAUUCAUUGAUAUCUGGAAUGUGUAAAAAUGGUGAAGUUGACAAGGCUAUUGAAAUUUUGCAACUCAUGAUUUUGAGAGACUGUUCUCCGAAUAUGGUAACUUACAACACACUUAUUAGUACAUUGUGUAAGGAGAAUGAAAUUGAAGCUGCAACCGAACUUGCUCAGAUUCUUACCAGCAAGGGGAUGUUGCCGGAUGUUUGUACGUUUAAUACUUUGAUACAGGGUCUCUGCUUGACUAAGAAUCGAGAGAUUGCGAUGGAGUUGUUCGAGGAAAUGAAGAUUAAAGGGUGUCGACCCGACGAGUUUACUUAUAGUAUAUUGAUUGAUAAUUUAUGUUCUGAAAGGAGACUUAAAGAAGCAUUGAUGCUGUUGAAAGAAAUGGAGUUGAGUGGUUGUGCUAGGAAUGUGGUGGUGUACAACACUUUGAUUGAUGGUUUGUGUAAAAGCAGAAGGGUUGAAGAUGCAGAAGAGAUAUUUGAUCAGAUGGAACUUCUCGGGGUGUCGAGAAGUUCUGUAACGUAUAAUACACUUAUUGAUGGUCUUUGUAAAAGCAAGAGAGUCGACGAAGCUUCUCAACUUAUGAAUCAGAUGAUAAUGGAAGGAUUGAAGCCGGACAAAUUCACGUAUAAUUCAUUGCUUAUAUACUUCUGCAGAGUUGGAGAUAUAGAGAAAGCAGCGGACGUCGUGCAAACGAUGACUUCAAACGGAUGUGAACCCGAUAUCGUUACCUAUGGUACACUUAUUGGGGGACUAUGUAAAGCUGGUAGAGUAGAGGUUGCAAGUAAGCUUCUUAGAUCUGUUCAGAUGAAAGAUAUAGUCUUGACUCCACAUGCUUAUAACCCUGUAAUUCAAGCAUUGUUCAGAAGGAAGAGAACAAAAGAAGGAAUGAGGCUUUUCAGAGAAAUGGUGGAAAAGGGUGAUCCACCAGAUGCGGUAACAUACAAGAUUGUUUUCCGCGGAUUGUGUAACGGUGGAGGACCGAUACAAGAGGCUGUUGAUUUUACAGUUGAGAUGUUGGAGAAAGGAAUAUUGCCCGAGUUUCCGUCAUUUGGUUUCUUGGCGGAAGGGCUUUCUUCUUUAUCAAUGGAGGAUACUCUCAUUGAACUCAUCAAUAUGGUGAUGGAGAAAGCGAAAAUGUCGGACAGGGAAACAUCCAUGAUCAGAGGCUUCCUUAAGAUCCGUAAAUUUGGCGAUGCUUUGGCCAAUCUUGGUGGUAUCUUGGAUAGGCAUAAUAAGCCCAGAAGAUAUUGAUUGAGUGGUGACAACUUUGUUGUAACAUGUAGUUGAUUUAAAAUAUGAACAUGUAACUUGUAGUUGUAGGUGGCAUUCAUAUGAACGUUUUCCUUAAUAGAUGAUUUGAAAUAUAAGAAAAAAGUUCAUUCACUUCCCAAUUUUAA